AUAUCGUUUCGAAUCGGCAACCUUUUGGCGGAACAGAGCCACCGAACCGAAACCAACUUUGGCAUCUCCGCAUCUCCUCAAAAGCAUCUGCUUCCUUUCUCUUUCCGAUUCCCUUGGAGGAUCCUCCCUCUAUAAAUUUCUAGCUCUUGAUUUAUUGUAUGGCCUUCGACUUGAGAGCUUGAAAAUUCUUUUCUUUUAUACGCAAAGAACAUCAUCGUCAUCAUCAUCAUCUAGCUAUUCAAUUUCAGAGGAUGGAUGGUGUAAAACAUACGAGUGAGGAUUCAGAGCUGAUAUCUGAAACAAUUGAGAAACUCCCAGUAAGUGUUUCAAUGGAAGGGAAAGGGAAGAGAUUAUGGAAGAAAGUUAAGUACCAGCUUGUAGAGUACAAUUCCUUGCCCGCAUAUUUAAGGGACAAUGAGUUCAUUUUGGGCCAUUACCGUUCUGAAUGGCCUUUGAAGCAGGUUUUGCUCAGUGUCUUCACUAUCCACAAUGAGACAUUGAAUGUUUGGACGCAUUUGAUCGGGUUUUUCCUUUUCCUGUCCUUGACCAUAUAUACUGCAAUGAAGGUUCCAAAGGUGGUUGAUCUUCAUUCUCUACAACUACCUGAGGUGUUGAAAGCUGAUUUGCACAAAUUGCAAGAAUGCCUUCCCUCGUUACCCAACAUGCCUGAUCUGCACAAACUUAGCGGAGAGUUGAAGAGUACAUUGCCUUCAAUUGAUUUGCUUCCAUCAUUCUCAAGAUGGCAUGUCAUGGACCUUCUAUACAAUUGUUUGCCUGAGCGGUUCUCACAUAGCAACCAGACUGAUGUGUGUGUUCUGCGUAGCAUGAAGGAGGAUGUUGCAAACAUGAUAGCACCCCUGAUGCUGAGGCCAAUCACACGUUGGCCAUUCUUUGCUUUCUUGGGUGGGGCUAUGUUUUGCUUGCUAGCUAGCAGCACUUGCCACCUUCUCUCUUGCCACUCCGAGCGCUUAACAUACAUCCUGCUUAGGCUUGACUAUGCUGGAAUUGCAGCCCUCAUUUCCACCUCGUUUUACCCUCCUGUGUACUACUCCUUCAUGUGCAAUCCUUUUUUCUGUAACCUGUACUUGGGGUUCAUAACUCUCUUGGGGGUUGCCACAAUAUUGGUUUCACUACUGCCAGUGUUUCAAAACCCUGAAUUCCGUACCGUUCGUGCAUCCCUUUUCCUUGGCAUGGGUUUGUCUGGGGUGGCGCCUAUUCUGCACAAGCUUAUCUUGUUCUGGCAUCAGCCUGAGGCCCUUCACACAACUGGCUAUGAGGUCCUGAUGGGGAUUUUCUAUGGAAUCGGAGCACUGAUUUAUGCCACAAGGAUUCCAGAAAGAUGGAUGCCUGGGAAAUUUGACAUUGCAGGGCACAGUCACCAACUUUUCCAUGUAUUGGUAGUGGCUGGAGCUUAUACUCAUUAUCAGGCAGGGCUGGUUUACCUCAAGUGGCGAGACCUUGAAGGAUGUCGAGGAACGUAAAUCCUGAAUGCUAAAAGUAACUGAUUAGUGGAUGAGAUCUUAGAUUAAUGUCAUUGUGUCACUAAAUAAGUAAAGCUGGCCUAGAUAUGUAAAGGCAGUGGAAAAGCAAAAGACUUCUCUGCUGUUGUUUUUGUGCAUUACAACGAAUGUCUAUGAGUAAAAUAAUUGUAUUCUCUUGUACUGUAUUCUAUUAUUCAAGUCGCCUAUAAGAACAUGUGCCGGGACAGAAAA